AUUCGUGGGCAUUAUGCCGCGCCUGACCGCCCUUGGCGCGCGCCUACAAUUUCCCUUGGGCUUCAAAGGUUAACAGCCGCUAACUUGCGCCGAUCAGCUUUACGUCGGAUAUUGCCUUUGAUCCUCAUCGUGGGUGUGCCAAUACCCCUAUUCUGGUCUCAAAGUACCCGCCAAUCCAGGAUUUUACAUGAACCCACAACAUCACGAGCUCCAAUGAACCGAUAUCGAAACGCCCCGAAGCUCGGAGGCUCCAACUCCAACAGGGCCACUGCGACCACACUGUGCCAGAAAUGCCUCGGACGAGAUAUGUACCCUCUUUCACUUAAUGUCAGACGUUUGACUAACUCUGACUCACGACACUACAGUUUUGAUUGCAAGGCAUCCGCACAAGAGCGCCCAUACAUCCCACGACCUUCAAGGACCCAGCAGCUACUGAACCCAGAAUUGAUGCCCAAGCUUUCAAGCGAGAAUCCAAAUGAGCUGUUACGGAAAGAGGGUGUAGCGGAUGAACUACUUGCUACCCGGGAGGAAGAGCGUGGCCGGAAAAGAGAUCUUGACGAUAUGACAGAUCGCAACGUUCAGUCUCGGGCUAGGUCCCUCUCAGUGGAAACGAUAUCCACAAAUCGAUCAUAUUCCUCAUCUCCCCGCCGUAACAAACAUGGCACAGCCGACAGGGGUCGCCGAGAUGAUUCAUCAGCACCACCUGCAAAAUCCCGAAAGAGACGCUACAGUGAUUCUACAGAGGGUUCUUCGGGAUCAGUCCACUCGGGACCGAAGAACCGCUCACCCUCCAGGGAGCAUACCGAUGACCGAAACACCCGGCGACGGAGACGAGAAUCUAGCCCGGAAGAACGAGGCCGUCACCGUGGAUCAGGAAGACAUAGCGAGCGAAGAGAUCGCCGAAGCAAGAGUGCGGAUAAGGAUCGAGUGAAAGAAUCACGUGCUACGACUCAGGAUGUUCCCCGGGACUGUUCAUAUCGUGAUCGAGGAAGCCCACCACGCCAGUCUCAACCUGGACGGUCUAGGCCUGAACCCAUAACUCAGAAGAACCAGCCUCCACGGGAACGAAGUUUGAGUCCUUUCAGUAAGCGCCUUGCUUUGACUCAGGCCAUGAAUAACGGACGGUAA